AUGCCAAAGAGCGUGGCUUGGGGUCUUUUAUGCUUCUCUCCUUCUCUCUCUUUCUCAAACAAGGCCAAUAACCUUUGUGACUUCGCCUGCUCUAUCGGUCUCCGCUUCUCCAUCGAUCACAUCCGAGUCGCCUCACUCGGCAUCUUUGCUAUCUCCAGCAUCCGCCUCUCUAUAGGCAUCGUCCUCUCCCCAGUCAUCUUCUGUACUCUUGGCCCUGAUCCUACCUCCUCCUCGGACCUCCUCCACUUUAUCCACUGCACCGUCCCCUGCUCCGUCGUCUUCGUCGACACCGACCCCUACUCCUCCCCCUCCUUGCCACUGAGUUUCAAGCCCAUGAUCGCGAGUGGGAUUGAGUUCUACUUGAGAUCAAAGCCAUCACUAGAUCACCCGCCAAAGCCGAAGCCCAACCCCAUAGCACCUACCAGAGCCGAAGCCCAACGCCGGAGCAUGUCGGCGAUCGCCUACCCGUGCUACCAAGGGAGAUAUGCUAAAGGUAAACGAUCUCGUGGUAUAGAAGAUUAUGAAGAUAUUUCUGAAUCACCAGUGCACACCCCAACUCCAAGUGUUUUUACUCUAAACGAUCCACUCUAACCAUCACCUAUACACAAGACGGAGGAUGAUGAUAACAUGCAAGUAGAACUCCUUGUUCUCAACCACAAAAUUUU